AUGGGAGAUUUACCCCGACCACCACUAGUCGGAACUAAGGUUUUUACACACGUAGGAGUGGAUUUUGCUGGACCGUUUUUGGUAAAGGCUGCCUUACUCCGACGUAUACAGACAACCAAGGGUUACUUAUGUAUUUUCGUUUGCAUGGCCACUCGCGCAGUACACUUAGAGUUGGUAAGUGAUUUAUCUGCCACACUCUUCCUAGCAGAUCUUAACCGUUUCGUCAGUCGUCGUGGUAGAUGCACCGAUCUAUACAGUGAUUGUGGAACUAAUUUUGUAGGAGCAAAAAACUACAUGGAUUACGUCAAGCGGCUCUUUAGCUCUUCCAAACUAACUGCGGGUAUAAGCAAUGUACACAUCCAAUGGCACCUAAAUCCCCCAACUGCACCGCAUAUAGGCGGGUUGUGGGAAGCGGCCGUUAAAUCCGCCAAGACCCUGUUACACCGUACAAUUCAGGAACAGGUAUUGACCUAUGAAGAGCUGAACACCGUUUUCCACCGCAUAGAAGCAAUUCUCAAUUCACGUCCAUUAGGAGCUAUGUCGUCAGAUCCAAACGAUCUCCAAACCCUCACUGCUGGACAUUUUCUCACGGUGGAACCCCUUGUAACUGUCCCAGUCCCAGAUCCACUACACCCGGGACCUAGACUUACGUUACAACAACGAUGGACACUAGUGCAACACCUACAAAAACACUUCUGGCAUCGAUGGUCAAAAUAA